UUUGUAUUCAGAUGGAGUCGAAUAGGCUACAACAGUAGACAGACAGACAGAGAGAGAGUCAGAUAGAUAGAUAGAUAGAUAGAAACGUGGAGCUCUUAGACAUUUGUUAAAUCAAAUGUCGUUUUCAUUUCUAUUUUCCACCUAACAUAUUGAAAUCAAUUUAAGUGUGCAUAAAAGGGGCUUUUUGUUCAGUCAUAUUAGAUUUGAAAAAUGUCCAGCGCUUGAGAGGUGAAGGAUGCAGGACUGAUGAUGGAGACAUAGUGGUAAAAGUACAGAGGGAUGAUGAAUGAACGAUGUCUAGGGAAGGAUGCGAUGGUGAUGACAGAAUGAUGUACAGAUUGAGGGAUGAUGUUGAUGGAGAGAUGAUGAUGAUGAUGUCAUUCUUUUAAGUGCGCAGCCCCGCUGAAUCCACAUCCGGGUCCUGCGCUGCUGCUGGUGUGCAGAGAUUCGGUCCCGAACGCAGCGGACCAAAAUAGCGGUCAAACCCGACACUUUCCACGUUCAGGACGCAGAAUAAAUGGGAAUUAUGCAUCCCUGGUUUAAACAGAUAAGGGUGAUCCGCUCUUUCACAGACUGAAUGCAGAGCAAAACAAUCCGCCAGCCUGUCUCUCUCUCACCACCGCCGCGCUCAGUUUAUAUCUCUCUCUUUCUUUUCGUCCUUCUCUUUUAUCUGGUUUUUUACCUUCUCCACAACAGAACUCUCAAGGACUUAUUUUUAGUGGAUUCCUAAGUAGCAGAGAUGGGUGCAUUUCUGGAUAAGCCAAAGAUGGAGAAACACAAUGCCCGUGGUGAAGGCAACGGCCUGCACUAUGGCCUGAGCAGCAUGCAGGGCUGGCGAGUAGAGAUGGAGGAUGCGCAUACUGCUGUCAUCGGUCUGCCCAACGGCUUGGACCCCUGGUCGUUCUUUGCUGUCUAUGACGGGCAUGCAGGAUCGCAGGUGGCACGUUACUGCUGCGAGCACCUCCUGGAGCACAUCACCAGCAACCCUGACUUCCAGGGUGGAGGCGGAGGAGGAGGUCCAGCCGUGGAGCCCAACGUAGAUAGCGUGAAAUCUGGAAUCCGUACUGGUUUCCUGCAGAUCGACGAUCACAUGCGGCAGAUCUCUGAGAAGAAGCACGGCGGCGCUGACCGCAGCGGCUCAACGGCCGUCGGUGUGAUGAUCUCACCCCGCCACAUCUACUUUAUCAACUGCGGAGACUCACGGGGUUUGCUGAGCCGCGGAGGGGCUGUGCACUUCUUCACACAGGACCACAAACCCAGCAACCCCUUGGAGAAGGAGAGGAUCCAGAACGCUGGAGGAUCUGUGAUGAUCCAGCGCGUCAAUGGGUCCCUGGCGGUUUCCAGGGCUCUGGGGGACUUUGACUAUAAGUGUGUGCAUGGUAAGGGUCCCACGGAGCAGCUGGUGUCGCCAGAGCCCGAGGUGUAUGCUAUCGAGCGGUCGGAGGCGGAGGAUGAGUUUAUUGUUCUUGCUUGUGACGGGAUUUGGGAUGUGAUGGCCAAUGAGGAGCUGUGCGAUUUUGUUCGUUCACGACUGGAGGUGACUGACGAUCUGGAGAGGGUCUGCAAUGAAAUUGUAGAUACCUGUUUGUAUAAGGGAAGUCGUGACAACAUGAGUGUUGUGUUGGUGUGUUUCGUCAGUGCACCGAAGGUUUCCCCUGAAGCCGUCAAAAGGGAAGCGGAGCUUGAUAAAUACCUAGAGAGCCGAGUAGAAGAGAUCCUGAAGAGGCAGGGGGAUGAAGGUGUGCCCGACUUGGUACAUGUGAUGCGCACGUUAGCAUCUGAGAGCAUCCCCAACCUACCACCUGGAGGAGAGCUGGCCAGCAAGCGGAGUGUAAUUGAAGCAGUAUACAACAAACUUAACCCAUACAGGAACGAGGAUACAGACUCUGCAUCCACGGAUGACAUGUGGUAGCCCUGCCCCUUUAAAUACUGCACAGAGUUUACAACCCUCCAGAACCCUGCACAACAACCUUUCCUACAGGACCCGGCACCAGAACCCUGCACAAGAACCCUCAACUACUACAGAACCUGCACAAGAACCCUUCCACAGCCCAGCUCAGCUGCUCUGGACUGUUCGAAGGGAGAAGAGGCGGAAGAAGCGGAAGGGAAUGAGGGCUCCCUCCCCUUGUUCACAUAAUGUUCCCUCUCAGUGCUAGGCAAUGGUACCUUCUGGAAAUUUUCUGCAUUCUCUUCUGUCCCGAAUCACUCUUUUCCCAAAUCCUUUUAUCCUUAACAUCACCCUCUUAAAAAAAAUCCAACACUUUUUUUUUUUUUUUCCAUUUAAACAAUUUUUUUUUGGUGUAAUUAAUUUGAUUCACAUUUCCUUGUGUGUUUGUAUAUUUCAGCUUUUAUUUCUGUGAAGUGCAAUUGUCUUGUACAAAGAAAAGCCUGUAUCAAAUGCAGCUUUAGUUUUAAGUUUAUAGAAAAAAAAAGAAAAAAGGCACACCUUUAUUGCCCUGCCUGCUUUUGUUUCCUCUCCAACCGCUGAAGCCCAACACAUCUGCAUCUCAUAUGCUUUCCUUUCACUUCUUUGUUUUUUCCCCCCCCUCUUUUUAAAAAAACAAAAACAAAAUAUAACUUUUUGUAUUGUUACUUUUUAAGUGAAACGGGUAAAUGAUAUGGGCUCACAGCACAGUACAGUAAGCUUUUUUGUAAAUCUCACAGCACAGAUGACAAUAAUCGUUGUGUUCUCUCAGUACUACUGUUUUUCUUCUUCUGGUGGGGUGGGUCUUUUAUUUUCGCCCAUUUUUUAAAAUUUUUUGAGGAAACCGCUUUAACUUAAACUAAGCUGAAAUUAUGUGCGUGUUUGUUUGUGAGAGAAUGAGCAAGUCUAAUGAGAAAUCAGUGAUUUGUGUUUUGUGUGUAAGAGGAUGCAUGUUUGAUGCACCAAACUAUUUCCAUAGUGCAAGUUUUGUGUGUGAUUCUGUUACCCGAUGCGCUAACCCCCGAUUCUCUCUCUUAUCGUAAACACUAGGACUCUUCUCUACAGUGUUCUGCACUACUGCAGCUCUUGAUUUGUUUGUUUUUUUUGGGGGGGGUUUAAGUUGCUCUUGGAGCAUUUUAAAGGAUCUCCUGCACUUGAUGGAUAAAAGUAAUUGUUAAGAAGCACUCAGAAUUGGGACAGGCCCUAUUAAGUGCGUUUAUGUGUGUGUUUGGUUGUCAGUGCAUAUGGUCUGAAUGGAUGUGUGAGAUUGCAUGUUUAUUGUGCUUAAAAUUAUGUGGGUUUUAAUGGGGAUAUUUAGGCUUUUGACACAAAUAUAUAAGGCUUUAGCUAUAGUGCUCGAUCACCCAUCUGCACUGCUGAGAGAGUGAUGAGUGAAUGCUUUCUGAGAUUAACACUCAACUCAGAUUUUUCUUCUACUUAAACCAUUCGCUUCAUCUUGUGUUGAUUUAUGUUAUCUGUUUCUUUUCUUUUUUUUUGGAUGUGGUGAUUUCUUUCUCUCUCUCUCUCUCUUUUCAAAGAACAAAUACAGUGUGAUGCAGUGAGCUGGCCUGGUUUAGGCCAGAGCCUGCAUGUGUUCCUCUGACCAAUAGGGAGCGCAACAGAGUACUGUUUGCUGCUAAAUUGUGUGAUUGAAUCAUUCGUUCAUUCAUUUGAAUGCUCUUAGUUAAUAUUCUCCCGCACCUUUUCCCCCAAUGCUGUAUGUAACAUAGUUCUGAUUUAAUUUAAUUGUAUUUUUCAGAGAGAUUGUCACUUGUUCAUUUGUCCUGAUUGUCUGAAACGUGACACGGUAAAAUCACCCCCUUCGUCCUUACCUUCCCAAACUAAAUUUUAUGUAUGAAAUAGAUUAUAUGAACAGGAAUUCCCUUGCAUCUAAUAAAUAUGUUAGCUUUUUAGUCUAAUCCCGUGUAUUUGCAUACUGAAAAAACGACCACUACUUUGAGUCUUUUUCGUGAACCUCACAGGGUGAUUUGUUAAACUAAUAUUGUAACAAAAUGACAAUCUAACAGUGUAUAGCUAAUGUAAACGGAAAAAUCUCCCUGUGUCCUCUAUGCUUUCGGCUUGUGUUAUAACACAGGCAUAAAGAUCGUUGUGUUUGUGUGUGGAAUGGUGAGCUAUGUAUUUUCCCCAGUGGAAGCUGGAAUGUUGUGUAAUAGGAGAUUUACGAAAUGAAUCUAAAAUUAACAGGAUGUUUUAGGAUGGCCUUAGAGGCCAGGAUACGUUCAUGUGUCUUUAAGCUUUUUUUUGGAUCUGCAAAGCUACGUGGAAUCAUUUUAGGAAUGUAGACACGAGGAACGACGACUCUUAAUAGGAUGCUGUUGGCUUGCUUAACCCUCAGUUUGGUCUUAUACGUGCUUAAAAAUCACUUGGAUGAAAAUUAACAAAUUAUGUGACUUAUUUUGAAAAAAGUUGUAUAUGCAGUUUUGAGAUUCAUGGACUGCUAUUAUAAAGAUUCUCCUCCUUUGUUUGUAAGACUUCCAGAUGGUUUUUAGAUGGGGCAAAAAAUCAAAAAUACAGAUUUUUUUUUAAUUGCGAGAUGGUCAUAAGCACAGGUCUAUUAAAUGAGGAGAGAGGGUAUGGCUUACAGUGAAACGUACAAGCCCAGUUAUAGAUGAUAGAGAGGUUUAAGAAUGUUUUUAUUUUUACUGAGUCUUGUCACUGAAGUUGACAAGGGCAUUUUGCAAGGAAUUCAAUGACACAUGAACCGUCGCAUUUGUUAAUAGCGCUAGAUCUUUUGCUAAAUAUGCGUCACAAACCCUUUGAUGCCCCGUAUUUUAGGUUUAUGCUCUGAAAUCCUAUUUCCGUGGUCUCUAGCUCUGUAGUAUUAGCUUGGUAGCUCAUUUCAGUUGAAAUUAUCCGGACCUGCCUUCUAAUGUAUAAACCAAGUGAUUAAUGCAGCCUUAAUGCCUCCUGCAAAACCCCACCCCCAAACCCUUGGGCUUUACUCAUAUAUUACAGAGCUCUGUAUGCAAACACACCACAAUUUUGUGCUAAAGGGAACUAAAUUUUAUAGCACGGUGUGUAAUUCAGUGCUUCGGCCUCACACGUUCUCAUAGACACAUGUAUGGUAUUUUACUCUGGUGAAAUCCCACCUCCUACCCAACAGGAUUAUUUUUGCUGAUUUCAGUCAUCUGCUGUCCUCAUAAGCUAAGCUAUUUUUGUUAAACAAUUGAUAUGUAUAUUUGUAUUCAUUUAUAAAUAUGUACACAAAAUGAAGUGAAUAAUCAAGGAUAAUCUCUCCUCCCUGUAACCCACUGUGACCCACUGGUCAUCCUCUAACUGUUCCACUGUCCAUUUUUGUUGUUUUAAUCUUUUCAGACUGGAAAUAAACCUAUUUUAUUUGAAAAAAAAAAA